CGCACCGACCGGAUACUUUUUCUCUCUCUUUUUUUUUGAAAUCUCCAGUUGCCCUUUUUUUCGCCACUUCGUACCCAGUCCAAGCGCAAUUUAUUCCUUUAAAGGACUUUGAGAGAAUUGUUUGUUGUUUUCAAUUCAUUUGAAAAUCAAAUACAUCUCAGCGCGUUGAAUCAGAACACGAAACCAAGAGUGUAAUCAUAUCGAUUUGGUUACAUUUUUCGCCGAAUUUUUCUGUUUUUCGCUUUACAUCCCAAAUUUUUGCGGAUCGUCGCAUCGAUUUCGUUUUGCGCAUCGAUGUGCGGAAGCAGUUUAGAAGCCAGCACCAUGCCGCGUUCAUUCCUCGUCAAGAAGAAUCAAAACUACAGCCACUGUCCGCUCAAGAAGCGGCCACUCUCCUACUUUUUGCAGGAGAGUCUCGAAGCGGAAUCAGUUAGCGCCACAGAAGCCUCGCUAGUGACAUCAGUCAUGAGCGAAGAGCCGGAGAACUUGAGCUUGAAACCGGAGGACCGGUACGCUGCCGCCGAACGGGAGCGUCAAAAUCAGAAGCGACUGCGCGCUUUAUUAGAAGCGGCUUCGUUGCCUUCGUCGGUGACACCGGCCGCUUUAUCGCCGCCACCGGCCCAUCAGCCGCUCAAAUCUUGGACGCCUCCGCUGGGUCAUUUCGCACCCGAACACGUCAACAGCAGCGCAUCGUCGCAAAUGUUGUCGUCUCAGUCACUGGCCAAAUUGUCGACACCUUUGGAGCCGCUCCACUUGAACAACCAGAUCAACGUGUCCGUGCCUUACCAUCACCACCAGUACGCGCCUUACUUGCCGUUCAACUUCCCCUACCGUUCGUUCAGCUCGGCCGCCAUCAGCCCAGCUCUGUACCCGGCCGCUUCCCAAAACAGCAGCCCACACCGGCCGAGCAGCGAGCAACUGUCUCCAUUCGCUCCGAGUGAAUCGGCCCAGCAGCAAACCUCGCCGCGAGUCCAGUGGCCGGAAUCGGCCGUCGCGCUGAAACUCUCGGAAUCCACCAGCGACAUCGAAGACCUUUCCUCUCCGGCCAGCGGGUCCAGCGGCUGCGAAGAGAGCGGGACCGAGUCGACGACCCUCCGUCAUCACCACAGUCACAGUCCGCCAGCUUUGCUGUUGUCUUCUCAGCGGAGUAACAAGAAGAGCGGAAGCAGUGCGUCGUCCACCUCUUCGGCGUCAUCGGCGUCGUCGACGUCGGCGGGCGCCACAGCCCGCUACCAGUGCCCCGACUGCCACAAAUCUUACUCGACCUACUGCGGCCUGACGAAACACCAGGAGCUGCACUGCGCCGCCCAGCAAGCGGCCAACAAGAAGUCGUUCAGCUGCAAACACUGCGAGAAGGUCUACGUCUCUUUGGGCGCCUUGAAAAUGCACAUCCGGACGCACACGCUGCCUUGCAAGUGCCUCCUGUGCGGCAAAGCCUUCUCCCGCCCUUGGCUCCUCCAGGGUCACAUCCGGACGCACACGGGCGAGAAACCGUUCUCCUGCCCGCACUGUUCCCGCUCGUUCGCCGACCGGUCCAACUUGAGAGCUCACCUCCAGACCCACUCGGACGUCAAGCGCUAUUCGUGCAAGUCGUGCGGAAAGACCUUUUCCCGCAUGUCGCUCCUCUCCAAACACGAGGACGGCGGAUGUUGCGCAGCCAGCAACGCAUCCGCAUCGCCGUCGCCCAACGGUUCACAGUUGUUGGCCGUCGCCAAGAGAGAAGUCGCUUGAAAAAUGUUCAGAGGGGCAAACAACGCAUUGCGGUUACGCUUUUCGUAACUGGCAGGCAGCAAAACACCUUACGUGCUAAAUACCUGUUGGAUGAGCUUAUAUAUUAUAUGAUGUGAAAAGCAGGAUGUGUACAAUCUUCGUCAACUUGCCCACCCCUCUCCCUCUCAAUUUUUUUUUUUUUUUUUUUUGGCCGCUGUUUCGGUUGGUUGAUUUUGACAUUUCUUUAAAUUUCUUUUCUUUUUAAAAAGAUUCUGCCUUUUUUUUUUUCCACGUCUGGAAAAAAAUACCUCUAGCAUGUCUUUCUCUCACCUUCCCGUAUGUUUUGUGCGAAGUCCUGACAAAAGACGUUGAAGAAUUCGCGGUGCCAAAAAAAAAAAAAAAAGGAAACAAAAGACAAAAGAAAAAAAAAAAAAAAAAAAAAAAUUUCUGUUGCAGGAAGAUAAUUCUCUUCUGUGUGACGUUAUACCCCUUUUUAACCCUCCCACAUUCUGCGUAGAGCAGUAAAUGGUGAAAUUCUUUUUUUGUUCUUGAAUCUCGCCAUGCGGCUGGGACAGUGGAUGAUAUUGACGAUAUUCAUCAUCGUUCCAACGUUGAAAAAAAACAAACAUUUGGAUAGAAAAAAAAAAAAAAAAAAACCCAGUCCUAGUCAUCGAGCCUUUGCUCAAAAUGUUCACAUAUCUCUUGAUUUUGAUUCGCCCACCAAAAAAAAAACACAGUCCACCACACCAGGCCAUACCAAUUUUCUUUUUUUUUUUUUUUUUUCCUCCUUUUUUCUUUCGUUGCUGGGUUUUUAUUUCUACUAAAAACCCGGCCCGUCUCUUCUUCUUCCUACGGACAACCCGAACCAGUUUCUAGUUUUCUUUUUUUUCUAUGUUUUAUUUGAAUUUUCUUUCGUAUUCGAUUCGUAUCUUUAUAGCGAUGGGAAGUAUAUACCGUUCGUAUGUGCGUGCGCGAGAGUGUGUGUGUCUGUGUUUGCGUGUUUGAGUUUUUGGAUGUCUGACUGUAUUAUAUCGCCAUGGUGUUUUCUCAGUUGUCCUGGACACUGGUCUGGUCAAAAAGGGGAAAAGAAGACAACAACAACAAAAUCGGACACUGGAAAAUGUUCUUCUUUUGUUUUUAUUCUUUCCCUCCCCGUUUGGGAUAACAACAGCAGCUGCCUGCCUGUGGAGCUCCCAACCUUUUCGAUUUUUACCUUUUGAAACACAUCCUCACCUGUACGUUUGAUACCCCUCCGUGUGUAUGUGUGCCUCCCAAUUUUAUUCAAAUGUGUCUUUCUCCAGUUCGCCACUCACUUUGAUAUAUAAUUCUUUUUGCAUUUUUUCUUAUGUCCCUUAUCGCAGAGUAUAAAUAAUUUUCUUUGAUGCCCAGUGCCUUUGUAUAAUGUACGUAGUUAUUUAAAAACGAAGAAAACGAAAGAAACAAAAACACAGACGAACAAAAUGAA